AUCUAUAGCUUCAUGAGACAGACAGAGAGAGCGAAAUUCGCAACAUAACCUGCAAUCUAUGCUGAAUUUUGUUUAAAUUUUGAAAUUUUAAUCAUAAAGAAGUGAUUGGACGGAAUUUUAUUAAUAUGGAUUGUCCUGAUGUUAAAAAGCGACGUUUAAACAAAGAUCAAGAAGAAUCAAGCCAAGAUAAAGUGACUUUGAGACGAAAAGCACCUGAAAAACCUGUUAAGAAUAAGAAGAAACAUAUCUCCAAAUUUCGUUUCAAGACUACAGGUGAGAGUGCCUCUUUAUUAACACCAAGUAAUGAAAGGAUACCUUUAAUGCUUACGGAUGUGCAACAUUUGUUAUUACAUUCUCUGCUAGGAAAUUUAAAUUUGUCUCAGCCACCGCGAUGGUAUGUUCUGGAGAAAUGUAACCAAAUAAGUCAAACUACGUGCCUUAUAUUAGAGGGAAUAUCUAUUCAACAUUGGGAAAAAAACAACAAUGAAUUGGAGAAUACAAAAAAAAGAUUCAAUAAUGUUGUUGAGAUUUUGACACCCUCCAUUUAUAAUGGUUCGCUAGUACAAGAACUAGCUUUAGUGCCAUUGUCAGAAACAGAUAAAGAGGGCAUCAUACUAAAAUAUGGUAGUAUGAACUUGGCACUUGAAGCUAGAAAAGAUUUAAUGGUCAUGAUGAAAGCUGUCUUUCCGAUAGGAGAUAAUGUGAAUAAGAACAUCUCUGAAGACGUAGAAAUGGUAGAUGCGUUUCCUAGAACUCAACUUAUAUUAUCGGCCUGGCAACUGAUUGAAGAAAACUAUCCUCUGCCUCUGAAAGGCAAAUUGAAAAAUGCUUAUAGUGACUAUGUGAUGUCAAAAGAUGAAUAUCUGCCUGUCACAAGCAAUUCACCAAUGUUUGGACUGGAUUGCGAGAUGUGUCUAACAAAUGCAGGAUCUGAACUAACUCGAGUUUCUAUCGUUAAUGAAAAACAUGAAACAAUUUAUGAGUCGUUUGUGAAACCUUACAAUGAUAUUACAGAUUAUUUAACACGGUAUUCAGGAAUAACAAAGUCAAUAUUAAACGACGUAACUAAGCGAUUGGAAGAUGUUCAGAAGGAAAUUAAAGAUAUAUUACCUCCUGAUGCUAUUCUAGUUGGUCAGUCGUUAAAUAUAGACUUACAUGCUUUAAAAAUGAUGCAUCCUUACAUAAUAGAUACUAGUUUGAUAUUCAAUUUUACUGGAGAAAGAACACGAAAACCAAAACUAAAAACUUUAGCGCGAGAAUUUCUUAAAGUAGAUAUUCAAUCUGGUAAUAAUGGCCAUUGUUCUGUUGAAGAUUCGCUAGCGUCACUUAAAUUAGUACAACUGAAACUCAGUAAAAGUUUAGAAUAUGGCGAUGCAGUACAUACGAACCGGCAGGGAUAUAAAGAAAAUAUAAUAAAAAAAAUCUCGAAAACUCCUGAACUUGCUUUGUCAAUAUUUAAUCAUAUGAUAGAGCAAAGAAAAACAUCAUUAAUUGUUGGAUGUGAUGAUAUAACCGGUGACUACCAUUCUUAUUUAACGCAAGCAAAGGAAAGCGUUAUAUCGCAAUUGAAGAAAGGAAAACCCAAGAAAGUUAAAUUGAGUACAGUUGAUAGUGUCGAAGAUGUUGUUUCGACCUUAGUAGAUGCCAUCAAAGAAUAUAACUUCGCUAUGGCCCACUUAAAGCUGGAAGUAAAUAGUGAUACCGAAACAGACCAGAUGCAGAAAGUAGAUAAAUGGAUUGAAACGAUAUGGAGCAGUAUUCCUGAAAACGCUAUGUAUGUUGUCGUGUUUGGCGGAACAUUGAGUGAUAACGGAGUGGCAAUGAUAAAGGUGAAAAGUCAUUUAUAGUAAAAAAUAAGGUUGAUUUCGUAGCUGACUCCACAUAGCAGCAGCCGAUGACAAUAUUUCGUGACGACACUGACUACACUGAAUAUCUUUUUCUUAAAGUAUGUAAUAGUUUUUUUUCUAUGAAAAUUAAAAUCGCAGCUACGGUUGUACAUAUGGAAUAUUACGAAACUACAUGAUUUCGAAAGUUUUUGUGCUCAAAGUAUUAGUUUCUAAUAUUUCAUGGCGAACACAUAAAAACCAGUGCGUCGCGUCGCGUCGCGGCGACAUAAAUCUGCCGCUGCUGCGUAGAAUCGGCUACGAACGUGUACCUACUUCCCGGUUUCUGAAUUGAUAUUUCAAACUUGGAACGUGGUCAUCAAGUGCUACUCAAGGAUUAACUUAAUAUGAAACUUUAUAAGAAGAUGAGCAUGUUCACGCCAAAAAAUUUCAAUUUAAGAACCAAUCCUUAGUUUCAAAGUAUUUUUAAGAAACCAGUUCAUUGGUUAUUUAUAAAAAUGUUUAUUAUUUCUUAAGAUAAAAAUGUUACUAUUCCAUAGAGAAAAUCACGAAAUGUCAAUAAAAAUUUAAAUAUUUU